CUUGCAAAAUUUGUUGCCUUGUAGACAUAUGGCAUCUCUUGCCUUGUAUACAAGGAAAAGGCUUUUGGCCAUGAGGCAUGGGAAUGGAUCUACUGUCUGCAUCCUCUAUGGACAUCAUAAUUCAAUGAGUAGAUUUGUGAAACGCCUGGCCUGGCUUGACAAACUGCAUAAAAAAUUUACAUCAGGCCCUAUGGGCCAGCUAAAAGAUUUGCAUCGGGUUGAUCUAUUUGAAAUAGGCUAUGUUUCUAUGCUAGGCUUGGCCCUAUGUCAAGCUAAGAAACUGCAUCAUGAAAUGGGACCAGUAAUUUCAUUCAACUUGAAACGACCAGAUGGUUCUUGGUAUGGAUACCGUGAAGUGGAAAAGCUGGCAUCACUUUCAGGAAUCCAGUUAAGGACAGGAUGCUUCUGCAAUCCAGGUGCGUGUGCAAAAUACCUUGGCUUGUCUCAUUUUGAUCUUAUUUCAAAUACUGAGGCUGGCCACAUUUGUUGGGAUGAUCAUGAUAUAAUCAAUGGUAAACCUGUUGGAGCUGUAAGAGUAUCCUUUGGCUACAUGUCAACAUAUGAGGAUGCCAAGUCUGUUACCAACGUCUGGACAGGUUGA